CGGCUGCACUUUGAACGCGCUCGACAUCGGCUCUCGCUCCCUCUCAAAACUUUUUUCCGGUCGGCAUCGUUGUCCCGCGAAAGAGGCUACUGCGCCGACCAAUCAGAACGCGCCAUCCCUACUAGCUUGAGCCCCCCUCGAGUGCAGCCGCAGACCGAGCGAGCGUUGCCGUAGUAGCGCUCGCAGCGUACAGAUAAAUACACAGUAGAAAGUGCCACCAACAAUUAGCUAAUUAAUACCAGUAGGAAAAAGUUUCGGUAGUGCUAGUGCGCGAACAACUGCCAGCAUGUUCGACGUCUUCGGCUCCGUCAAGGGGCUGCUGAAGAUCGAUGCGGUGUGCAUCGACAACAACGUGUUCCGUUUGCAUUACAAAGCGACCGUUAUCAUCCUUAUAGCCUUCUCGCUUCUGGUCACCAGCCGGCAAUACAUCGGGGAUCCCAUCGACUGCAUCGUCGACGAGAUCCCGCUCAACGUCAUGGACACCUACUGCUGGAUCUACUCCACGUUCACGAUCCCCAACCGGCUGACGGGACGCGUGGGUUUGGAUAUCGUGCAGCCGGGGGUGGCCAGCCACGUGGACGGCACCGACGAGGUCAAGUACCACAAGUACUACCAGUGGGUGUGCUUCGCCCUCUUCUUCCAAGCCAUGCUCUUCUACGUCCCCCGUUACCUGUGGAAAACCUGGGAAGGCGGACGCAUCAAGAUGCUCGUCCUCGACCUCAACGACCCCAUCGUCAACGAAGACUGCAAGACCGACCGUAAGCGCCUCCUCGUGGACUACUUCGUGACCAACCUGCACAUGCAGAACUUCUACGCUUUCCGCUUCUUCAUCUGCGAAGUCCUCAACUUCGUCAACGUGGUGGGGCAGAUCUUCUUCAUGGACUACUUCCUCGACGGGGAGUUCAGCACGUACGGGCGCGACGUCCUCAGCUUCACCGAGAUGGAACCGGAGGACCGCGAGGACCCCAUGUCCCGGGUGUUCCCGAAGGUAACCAAGUGCACCUUCCACAAAUACGGUCCUUCCGGUUCGGUGCAGAAGUUCGACGGGCUGUGCGUCCUGCCUUUGAACAUCGUCAACGAGAAGAUCUACGUGUUCCUGUGGUUCUGGUUCGUGUUCCUCAGCGUGCUGACGGGGCUGUCGCUGGUGUACCGGCUCGUGGUCAUCUUCAUGCCCAAGGUGCGCCUCUACCUGCUGCGAGGCAAGUGCAAGAUCGCGCCCCAGAAGGAGGUGGAGACCAUCAACAGCCGGUGCGAGAUCGGGGACUGGUACGUCUUCUACCAGAUGGGUAAGAACAUCGACCCGCUGAUCUACAGGGAGAUCAUUUCGGACUUGUCGAAGAAGCUCGAGGGGAAAGAGACUGUCUAGCGUGCCUUUACGAACGAUUACGAAAGACAUAGUUUCAGCAUGCCCGAGCGUGCCUUUUUCUAAAUUUUUGUACUGUUUUUUUUUUUUUUAAUUCGAUGAUCGAUUUACCUGCUGCACAUCGGAGGUGGCUCGUACAUUCCUUGAACAUUUCCAAGGACCAUUCUGUGAUGACAGAAAAAGACUGUGCAAAAGACGGCCGAACAGGCUGUGAUAUUAGCAUUUUUCGCUUAGGUUCUAGCUCAAUAUCAUUCCCAAGAUAUACUCUUCCAUAUCUCGCGUCCUCGGCAAUAAAAAUGAACAAGCCAGCAGAGAGAGACGUUUUCGCCGCUGGCUGUUGCUUGUCUACUCUUCCUAAGCAGUGCAGCGGGCGAAAUCGCAUUCUCUGUGAUAUAUCUGAUUAUAUGCUCUGUUUUAUAUCCCAUAUUAGUGUCUAGGUAUUAUUAAUCGAAUAAUUUAAAUCAUGUGAUUUAGGAUUUAGGCUAGAUUAAGUUCCAUACACAUACAUUUUACAUCGCGAAAAUUUGUAUAAAAAUCGUUAUGUGUUCAAAUCAUUGUGUAAAUGAUAUACACCGAGAGUGCCUUGGUUUUUUUUUAAAUGUAUGGAAUUAUUGACGAAAUAAAUUAGCUAUUUUAAUUUAA